UUCUGUAACCGUCGACGCCAUUCGUCGCCGCACCCGAUUCAUGCCAGCUCGGGGGCGGAAAGUUCUCGUCGUAUUCAUGAGGCGGGUCUUUCUGCUCGGUUGUAGAGUUUGAUUGGACUUCUAUCUCUCGGAGUAGUGACCGAGAACUGUCUCCUGUAGUCUGGUUGGUGCGCUAGCAGGAAGUGUCUCUCCCGGAGCUGAAGCCGCCGCCGUGCCCUCACUCUGCUCUCUGUGUUUUAUUCCCAUCGAGGAGUGUUGAGUGCGGCUCCACCGUAGAGAGGAGCGGUGCAAUGAUAAAAAGCCGCAUAUGCGGUAGGCUGCUACACACACCUAUCAGGCAGGAAAAUACCCACCGAACAGCCUCACCCCGGUCCUCCUCGCACCGCAGCCUUAUCCACGACUCACAGCGGAACCUGAAGUGCCAGUAGAACGAAACCAUGUCCAAGCCAACGGGGGGCGGCAGCGGCGUCAACGAUAUCACCCGCAUCCUGACGUCGGGGGCGGUGACGCCGGGGUCUCCCACCUCAAACUCCCCUGUGUUCUCCGCCGCUAGCCAGGCCGACUGGGCGGCUAAGCGGCUGGUGUGGGUGCCGUCAGAGAAGCAUGGCUUUGAGUCGGCCAGUAUUCGGGAGGAACGCGGCGAUGAGGUGGAGGUCGAGCUGACGGACAGUCAGAGGAAGGUGACUCUGUCCAGGGAGGAGGUGCAGCGGAUGAACCCCCCGCGCUUCAGCAAAGUGGAGGACAUGGCCGACCUCACCUGCCUCAACGAAGCCUCGGUGCUGCACAACCUGAGAGAGAGAUACUACUCCGGCUUGAUCUAUACAUAUUCAGGGCUUUUCUGUGUGGUGGUGAACCCUUACAAGAACCUGCCCAUCUACACAGAGUCCAUCGUGGAGAUGUACCGGGGCAAAAAACGCCACGAGAUGCCCCCACACAUCUACGCCAUAUCAGAGGCCGCCUAUCGCAGCAUGCUACAAGACAGAGAAGAUCAGGCAAUCCUCUGCACAGGCGAGUCUGGAGCUGGGAAAACGGAGAACACGAAGAAAGUCAUCCAGUAUUUGGCUCACGUUGCCUCGUCCCAUAAGGGUGCCACUCUGGGUAGGAACAAAGAAGGUGCACAGAUGGACGGCUCCAGGUCCUUAACAAGAGGCAGUACGUUGGGGAACAAGAGUAUGCAAUAUGGCGAGCUGGAGAGACAGCUGCUGCAGGCCAACCCCAUAUUGGAGGCCUUCGGCAACGCAAAGACUGUCAAGAACGACAACUCCUCUAGAUUUGGUAAAUUCAUCCGCAUUAAUUUUGAUGUGGCGGGGUACAUUGUUGGUGCCAACAUCGAGACCUACCUCCUUGAAAAGUCCCGGGCCACCCGUCAGGCCAAAGAUGAGAGGACGUUCCACAUCUUUUACCAGUUGUUGUGUGGCACUUCAGACGAGACAAAAGCGGACCUGCUCUUAGGAACUGCUGAUGAGUACCGCUUCCUCAGUGGAGGCUCCAUCCCCGUUCCUGGUCAGAGCGACUCAGACAACUUCACCCAGACCAUGGACUCCAUGGCUAUAAUGGGCUUCAACGCAGAGGAGUCAUUAUCCAUGCUUAAGGUGAUCUCCGCUGUGCUCCAGUUUGGGAACAUUUCCUUCAUGAAGGAGAAGAACCAGGACCAGGCCUCGAUGCCUGACAACACAUCUGCUCAGAAAGUGUCCCACCUGCUGGGAAUCAACGUGCUGGAGUUCACUCGGGCCAUCCUCACCCCCAGAAUCAAAGUGGGUCGAGAGUACGUGCAGAAGGCACAGACGAAAGAACAGGCUGAUUUUGCUGUGGAGGCCCUGGCGAAGGCCACAUAUGAGCGUUUGUUCAGAUGGCUGGUCCACAGGAUCAACAGAGCUCUGGACCGCCGGCAGAGACAGGGAGCGUCCUUCAUAGGCAUCCUCGAUAUCGCUGGAUUUGAGAUCUUCCAGCUCAACUCCUUCGAGCAGCUGUGUAUCAACUACACCAACGAGAAGCUGCAGCAGCUCUUCAACCACACCAUGUUCAUCCUGGAGCAGGAGGAGUACCAGCGGGAGGGCAUCGAGUGGAACUUCAUCGACUUUGGCCUCGACUUACAGCCCUGCAUCGACCUCAUCGAGAGACCGGCCCACCCGCCUGGCGUUCUGGCCCUGCUGGAUGAAGAGUGCUGGUUUCCGCGGGCGACAGACCGCUCAUUUGUGGAGAAGCUGUCCACUGAGCAGGGCACCCAUCCAAAGUUCUUCAAACCAAAGCAGCCACGCGGGGAAGCCGACUUCUCCAUCAUUCACUAUGCUGGCAAGGUGGACUACAAGGCACAUGACUGGUUAGUGAAGAACAUGGAUCCUCUGAACGACAACGUGGCGUCUCUUCUCCACCAGUCGUCUGAUAAUUUUGUCUCAGAGCUUUGGAAAGAGGAUAUUCAAACUCUUCCUCGUGUGUACUUCUUUGACUCGUAUGCCACAAUGCAGGCUAAUGGCUCCGACAUGGACAGAAUCAUAGGUCUGGACCAGGUGUCGACCGGAGAGAACAGCGGGCCGGUCAAUUUCGGCGCGGCGGGGCUGAAGACAAAGAAGGGAAUGUUCAGGACCGUCGGUCAGCUUUACAAGGAGUCGCUCACAAAGCUGAUGGCCACGCUGAGGAACACCAACCCCAACUUCCUGCGCUGCAUCAUCCCCAACCACGAGAAGAGGGCCGGUAAGCUGUCCCCCAACCUGGUUUUGGACCAGCUGAGGUGUAAUGGAGUCCUGGAGGGGAUCCGUAUCUGCAGACAAGGCUUCCCUAACCGCAUCCCAUUCCAGGAGUUCAGACAGAGAUAUGAGAUCCUGACUCCGAAUGCUAUUCCUCGCACCUUCAUGGAUGGCAAACAGGCAUCAGAACUCAUGAUCAGAGCUUUGGAGCUGGAUCACAACCUGUUCAGAGUGGGUCAGAGUAAAGUCUUCUUCAGAGCUGGAGUCCUGGGUCACCUGGAAGAAGAAAGAGACCUAAAGAUCACCGACACCAUCAUACGCUUCCAGAGCGCCUCCAGAGGCUACCUCGCACGCAAAGCCUUCCUGAAGAAGCAGCAGCAGCUGAGCGCCAUGAGGGUGAUGCAGAGGAACUGUGCUGCUUACCUCAAACUCAGGAACUGGCAGUGGUGGCGGCUGUUCACCAAGGUGAAGCCCCUGCUGCAGGUCACCCGGCAAGACGAGGAGAUCCAGGUACGGGAGGCCGAGCUCACGAAGGCCAAGGACAAUCUCACCCGAGCUGAGAUGGACUACACAGAGCUGGACAGGAAACAUGCCCAGCUGGUAGAGGAGAAGUCAGUGCUGGCCGACCAGCUGCAGGCGGAGGCGGAGCUGUUUGCGGAGGCAGAGGAGAUGAGGGCCAGGUUGGCCAGUCGGAAACAGGAGCUGGAGGAGGUGCUGGGAGAGCUGGAGAGUCGAUUGGAGGAAGAGGAGGAGAGAGGCAGUCAGUUGACCAAUGAGAAGAAGAGGAUGCAGCAGAAUAUUCAGGACCUGGAGGAGCAGUUAGAGGAGGAGGAAAGUGCCCGACAGCGCCUCCUGCUGGAGAAGGUUACCUUGGAGACCAAAGUGAAGAGUCUGGAAACCGACCUGCUGACUGCGGUGGAGCAGAGAGACCGACUCAGCAAGGAGAAGAAACAGUUUGAGGAGCGUCUGAGCGAGGUGACCGAUCAGCUCACUGAGGAAGAGGAGAAAUCCAAAAGUCUGAACAAACUCAAGAACAAACAGGAGGCUGUCAUCGCUGACCUAGAGGAGCGCCUGAAGCGUGAGGAGCAAGGUCGCCUAGAGCAGGAGAAGUGGAGGAGGAGGAUGGAGAACGACUCAGUGGAGGCCCAGGAGCAGCUGUCGGACCUGGGCAUGCUGUCCGGCGAGCUGAGGGGCAGCUUAUCUCAGAAGGAGAAGGAAAUCACCACCCUGCAGGGCCGGUUGGAGGAGGAAGGAGCGCGCCGUGCGGAAGCUCAGAGGGCGCUGAGGGAGGCCAUGUCCCAGGUGUCUGAGCUGAAGGAGGAAGUGGAGAAUGAGCGAGGGAUGAGGGAAAGGGCGGAGAAACAGAGGAGAGACCUGGGGGAGGAGCUGGAGGCUUUGAGAACUGAGCUGGAGGACACUCUGGACACCACAGCUGCGCAGCAGGAGCUAAGGUCUCGUCGGGAGGCGGAGUUAAAUGACCUCCAGCGGUGUGUUGAAGAGGAGACUCGCCGCCACGAGGUCCAGCUAUCAGAGCUCAGAGUCAAACACAGCGCUGCCAUAGACAACCUCCAGGAACAGCUGGACAAUAGCAAGAGAGCACGUCAGUCCCUGGAGAAGACCAAGACAGUGCUGGAGGAGGAGAGGCAGAAUUUGAGUUCCGAGCUCAAGAGCCUCCAAGCGGGCCGCACGGAGAGCGAGAGAGGCCGCAAGAGGGCCGAGGGUCAGCUGCAGGAGCUCGGUGCCCGACUGGCUCAGGCUGACCGAGAGAGGGAGGACAGGGAGGAGCGGGUGCACAAGCUACAGGUUGAGAUUGAGACUCUCUCCGGCAGCGUGUCCUCCUCUGACACCAAAUCCCUUCGUCUCACUAAAGAGGUCAGCGGCCUGGAGAGCCAGCUGCACGAUGCAAAGGAGCUGCUGCAGGAUGAAACUCGUCAAAAGAUGGCUCUGGGCUCGAGGGUGCGAGCGCUGGAGGAGGAGAAGAACGGACUGAUGGAAAGACUUGAGGAGGAGGAGGAGAGAGCCAAAGAGUUGACCCGGCAGAUUCAGACUCAUACCCAGCAGUUGGCAGAGCUUCGUAAGCAGUCAGAGGAGGUGAACACUGCGGUGGAGACCGGAGAAGAGACGCGCAGGAAACUCCAGAGAGAGCUGGACAGUGCCGUCCAGCGGGAGCGUCAGAGGGAGGAGGAGAAGGAAAGGGUGGAGAGGCAGAGGGAGCGACUGAGGGAGGAGAUAGAGGACAUGACCCUCGCCCUGCAGAGAGAGAGACAGAACUGCACGGCCCUGGAGAAGAGGCAGAAGAAGUUUGACCAGUGUCUGGCAGAGGAGAAGGCGGUGAGUGCUCGGCUGGCAGAGGAAAGGGACAGAGCAGAAGCAGACAGCCGAGAGAAGGAGACGAGAUAUCUGGCUCUUUCCAGAGCACUGCAGGAGGCUCAGGACCAAAGGGAAGAGCUAGAGAGGUCCAACAAGCAGCUCCGUCUGGAAAUGGAACAGCUUGUAAACCAGCAGGACGACGUCGGCAAGAGCGUCCAUGAGCUGGAGCGCACUCGCAGGUCUUUAGAAACAGAAGCCCAGAACCUUCGAGUUCAGUCGCAGGAGCUGGAGGAGGAGCUGACGGAAGCGGAGAACUCGAGGCUGAGGCUGGAGGUCACCCUGCAGGCGCUCAAGGCUCAGUUCGAGAGGGAGAUAAGCACCAACGAGGAGAAGGGAGAGGAGAAGAGGAGGGCGCUUAGCAAACAGGUGAGGGAGUUGGAGAUCCAGCUGGAGGAGGAGAGGACUCAGCGGUCUCAGGCCACGUCGUCCAAGAAGCAGUUGGAAGCAGAACUGCAGGAAGCCGAAACCCAGGUGGAGACAGCCAGCCGCGGGAAAGAGGAGGCUGUGAAGCAGCUCCGGAGGCUGCAGGGUCAAAUGAAGGAAGUUCUGCGCGAGCUAGACGAGAGCAGGUUGUCUCGGGAGGAGGUGACCGCACAGUCGAAAGACAGCGAAAAGAAGAUCCAAACUCUGGAGGCAGAAGUCCUGCAGUUCACGGAGGAGCUUUCUGUAUCAGAGAGGCAGAAGAGACAGGCUCAGCAGGAGAGAGACGAGAUGGCCGACGAGAUGGUCAACAGCAGCUCUGGAAAGACCGCAAUGUUUGAAGAGAAGCGCAGGUUGGACGCACGAGUCAGUCAGCUGGAGGAGGAGCUGGAGGAGGAGCAGAGUAACUCUGAACUGCUGGCGGAGAGACAAAGGAAGACGGCUCUACAGAUGGAGACUAUGACCGUGCAGCUGCAGGGAGAGAGGACUUUGGCCCAGAAGGCCGAGGCGGCUCGGGAGCAGCUGGAGAGGCAGAACAAGGAGCUGAAGACCCGAUUGGGAGAGAUGGAGGGAGCAGUGAGGGGAAAGCACCGGCUCAGCGUCGCCGCCCUGGAGGCCAAGAUAGAGUCGAUGGAGGAGCAGCUGGAGCAGGAGAGACAGGAACGAGCCAUCGCCAACAAACUGAUGCGGAAGACGGAGAAGAAACUGAAGGAGGUGAUGAUGCAGGCAGAAGACGAGAGAAGACACGCAGACCAGUACAGAGAACAGCUGGAUAAAUCGAUGGUGCGCCUGAAGCAGCUGAAGAGGCAGCUGGAGGAGGUGGAGGAGGACAACUCUCGCUCCAACGCCCAGAAGAGGAAGCUGCAGAGAGAGAUGGAGGAGCUCACCGACAGCAGCCAGAGCAUGAUGCGAGAGAUCACCUCGCUCCGCGGCCAGCUCAGCCUGCCUGAAUGGAGAGCAGAUCAGCGUGCUCCGUUGCCCCUGGCGAUGCGUGGACGCAGAGCGCUGGUCGACGACCUCUCGUUGGAGAACUCUGACUCGGAGGAGCCCCCAGCCUCGCCCACCCCCUCCUCUGGACUCCCAGGGACCCCGACUCCCUCCUCUGAACACAGCCUGGACCCUCCGCCGCCCUACAGCGUCAACAACACAGAGUGACGCACAACAUAGACUCAGUUACACAGAUAACACACACACACACACACACACACACACACACACACACACACACACACGUCGGCCUCUCACAGCCUCAACUACUCAGGGGUGAAGGAGUGACAUGCACAUAACAACACUGUAGUUUAUGAAAGUAAAUUUAAGAUGAAUACAUCAGGCGCUAUAACUGUAAAACAACCUCACGGAAAAAGUGUAAAAAUGAGAUUUUACAAAGAGGCAACUGGAAUUAAUUUUUAUUUUGUAACAAACUGUGACAUAAAAAAAACGACAUAACAACAAAGACUGGAAAUUUCUACAUUACAUCUCUGUAAUGCACUUCUGAGAAACUAAACUACAUUUCCCAGAGUUCCGAGGGGAAAGUGAAUUAUUAUCAACUAAUUUCAUGAUGCUGUACAAUAAUUAGAGGGCAGAAAAUGUUGUGGUGGUUAAAUCUUUUACAUUAGGAGGUAUUUAAAAGCUAAGCCAUGUUGAACUCUUUGAUGAAGAUUAUACAGUAUAUAUAUAUACAGUAUAUAUACAAUCUGAUUUCAUUAAGGGCUGCUAGAGGGUGAAAAUACUUCUGGAGGGUGUUGAGACAAUCUGUAUAAGCAGUCAACAAGAGAAGUCAAAUACGCACACGGAACAAUGUGAUUUCUGACGUUUUCAUAUGUCAGUUUUAAAAAAACAUUAAAUGAGAGACUUGGAAUAAUCCGGCAAAGAGUGGCGAACAUUUUGGGUGAGGUAGCAGAAGAGAAAUGGCAUUUAGUAACCGAUAUUUAAUUAAACUUUUAUUGUAAAUGGUUGAUCAGAAACCGGGAAGCAUUACACUACGUUCCAUAACAUAUUAUCUAAUUUUCAUAUAAUUUGUCAGAAUUGUAGAGACGCAAACAUUUGACCGUAAAAAAAGCAUUCAAGUUGUAUUAAAUGAUUAAAUCCUUUUUCUGUAGAUUAGAAACAGUACGUUGUUAGACAAAGCAGUAGGUAGUAUUAGAUAGUUUCUUUAACUAAAGUCUUAACAUAUCGCUUCAGAAAUUUGAAUUUGUAUAAUUUAUAUCCAAUGUGAACUUAAGUUAUUGAUCGCUGGUUAUUUUCUGUGCGACUCUUCUCGUCUCGUGGGGAAGCUCGUUAGUCGGAUCAUUUCUGCUCCUGCUGGCGCCGAGCUCGGCAGUUCAGCGUUAUGGCGUCUGGUCUCAGAGGUGAAUUUGCAUGGAAGACCUUUCUGGUGGAUAACUGGUUUGACUGGUUGCUGGUGUAGAAAAGAAAAUGUAUGGGUUGUCUACCGCGGCAACAUAACUAUAAAUAACCUGGAGAACUGUAUUAAUUGAUCUUUUUAUCCAAAGCAGAACAAAUUAUGACUUUUCUUUUUCUUGUUUUAGACUGAUGAACACAUCACGUUUUAUUUUGACGAGCAUCUUGUACAUUGUAAUUUUGAUUUUUACUGAUUAUCUGUGUAAAUUAUUGAUCAAACAAAGCUUUUGUGUUUAACCAAAUGGUGGGCGUAUGGAUGAGAAAAAGGGACUUAAAUAAGUAGUAAACGUAGAGUAGCUGUAGAAUAGAUGAAAGGAGUAGAGGCUGGUGAGCUUUUCUACUUUUACUCAGUAGAAUAAACUCCGUCUCUGCUCCCCGUUCCUGUGUAGAAUAACUGAGCACGAGACUCAAAGCAUUUUCAGAUACUAGUAGUAAUAGAUAAAAAAUGGAGGCAUUGAGGAAUGAAUUUUUAUGAAGCAAACGGCAAGUAGAACAAAAAGUAGAUUUUUUUUUACCCUAGCUAUUGACUCAAAAUGAGAAACGUGUGUCAACCAGACACACGCAGCUUGAUGACCCUGCUGUGAAACAAACAAUGUUUUUGUGAAACCUGGUUUCAAAUAUGUUUUUCUUUUGGUGAACCAUCUCCAUUUUCCUCAGCAUGUUGUAUUUAUUGUUUAACAGACAGUUUAAAGGUCCUUUUUAUGCCUCCGCACCGGCGACAGCCGUGGCCGGAGGCUAGGGUUGGUCGAUAUGUUAAACUUUUCCAACCGGCAGCUGAGCAGCUCUCGCUCUUCGGAGGCAGACCGUUAAAUUAACAAAAUAUAACGACAAACAUUGCCCAAAAAUUACCCAAAAAAGAGCAAUAUGUUUUCAGGUUGUCCACCAAACAUCCACUUGGACUCAAGGAUGAACUGAUAGAUUUUGGUUGUCAAAGGUCACUGUGACCUCACAAAACAUGUUUUUGGCCAUAACUGAAGAAUUCAUAUGCCAAUUAUGACAAUUCACAGAAAUGUCUAACAGGAUGAAGUGAUGACAUUUUGGACACACAUGGAUGUAAACUGCAACUUGACUUGUUGGUGGAGGCAUAAAACCGCGAUGCGGUAAUUCUAGUUAAUUGUAUUUUUGUUCACGACCUUCUUCAGCACCCGUUUGCCUGUCAUAGCUUUAAGGCUGUCCAGGAAGUAAAUGUGAUGUCUAGAUUUUAACGUAGACACAAAUAACAAUGUUGUAAAGAAGUAAUUCAGCAUUUUGGGAAAUACACUUAUUCGCUUUCUUGCGGAGAGUUAGAUGAGAAGAUUGAUACCAUUUUAAUGUCUGCAUACUAAAUAUGAAGCUACAUCCAGCAGCUGGUUAGCAUAGCUUAGCAUAAAGACUGGAAACAAAGGGAAACUAGAGCUAGUUUAGUUCUGUCUGAAGGUAAUAAAACACACCUACCAGCAUCUCUAAAGUGCUCUAAUUAACACUUAUAUUCAUGUUCAAGAACAAAAAAAUAUAAAUAAUUGUAAAAACAAGUUGCAUUUUUACAGGUGGUUAUAUGGCGGACUGUUUUUGGGCGCUGUAGGAAUACACUGCACUCAGCUGAGAAGUAGUCUGGCAUUUAACCGCCUGUAAAAACGUGGCUUGUCGCUUUUACACUUGUUUUUUCUACAGACUAAACAAACAAGAUAAAAUGGGUUAACAGGUGAGCUUUAGAGAUGCUGGUAGGUGUGUCUUGUUUCCCCGUUUCCAGUCUUUGUGCUAAGCUAAGCUAAAAGUCUUCUGGCUGGUGCUUCAUAUUUACCUACAGACAUAAGAGCGAUAUGGACCUUCUCGUCUAACUCGACAAAAAUGCCUUGACGGAAAAUAAUCCUAUUUCCCAAAUGAAGAACUAUACCUUCAAUAUAAAGAAUGUCACUGACGCUUUAACUUUUAUUUGCAACAAAAGAAAGAUAAAUCACAGAUGUUGCUCUGAAUGUUAUCUUUGUAUUCUGGUUAUAUUUACCAGAUGGCAAAGGACCAGUACAGUCGGUAAACAGGGUUCAUUACUGCUCCCUCCUCUUCCUUCUGUUUUAAAUUCACAGGUAUAUAAUUUAAUGAAACAGCAAUGCAAAUCUAGCAUCUGCAUAACGAGAACAAUAAGCGUGUACAGUGCUAACGUCCCCGUAUCCAUCUUUUUCUUUUCUUUUUUGCCAUGCCAGGUUCACCGUGAUUCACAGUCAGUGACAGGUGACGAAAGAUCAAGAAAGAGUUUGACUACUGACGACAUAUAUUUAACGCCCUAUUAAAGGGUUUUAUUUUUUAUUUUCUGUAUGUACAAUUCUUUUAUUUUAGCAAUAUGCAAUUGAUUUAGUUUGAAGCUGUGUGUUUAUUUUUUAAGAUAUUGUGUAAACGCUGCACUUUACACAUUACCAGUGGAGGUAAACGGAGCCGGACAUUGCCAGUACGUCAUGUAUGCUCUGUCAGGUUGUGACUUAUCUCAAAUAGGCCGACAUUAAGCAUUAAGCCAAAUGAGCUGACAUCGCGUGUCAUCACGACACAAUCUGUCACUCUGAACUGUUCACUUAAAUGUCGUAAUCUCAGAAUGUCGUAUCAAACGUCUAAACGUGGCGACUUUGUUCACGCCUUGACAGACCAAAAUCUGAAGACACGUGAUUGAGCUGCUGGAACGAGAACAGUUCUGUUCGCCCGUAGCAAGAGACGAGGCCGGUGCUUCUCUAAGGUGUUAUUUUUCUCUCUGUGUUUCUUUAUGGCUACUGUGGAACUUGAAACAUUUUGGAAAAAAAUUGUUUUAUUGUUUUAGCCUUUUUUUUGGUUAAUGAUGCUGUAAUUAUAAAACAUCUGACUGGGGUUAACUUUAAUAUAUGUCGUUGGUUUUGA